GUAAAACACGAGGUGUAGCUCUAGUGUCAGGGCUCGGGAUCAAAGUUUCAUUUGAUCAGCAGGUAGAUCAUUUAUUAGUAUUAUUGCUCAUUUGUACUGCUGCAAGAAUCUACCUCGUUAGUGAUGGCAAGACGAAAUGGGAGGAAGAACCAGCUGCCAGACCUUUACUAUGAGGGUUACAUGGAGAAGAGGUCCUUCAAAGAUAAGACGUCUCGGAAGCUGUGGACCUGCUUGUGUGGGAAAACACUUUUUUUCUUCAAUCACAAAAGAGACGAAGAUUACGUAGAGAAGCUGGAUCUGUGUGGACUGGUCUCGGUGACGGACGACAGCAGCCCAGAUCCCAACCUGGACGCGGCCAGAUUCAACGUUCAGAUGACGACGGGAAGCAUCAAGUUUACUGCCCCAAAUGCAGAAUCUCGGGAACUUUGGAAGGGAUAUAUCCACUCUGUGGCUAAGAUGGAAGUACCCCUCACCCUGAACCUGCUGCCGGGUCAGAUCCACAUCCUGAGAGAGACGGUCCAAAAGGAGAAGGAGAGGCUGACAAAUCCAGAACCGAAACAGAUUCCUCCCGCUGCUGUCAAAACAGAAAUGCCUGCUUGCUACUACGAGGUGCCUUAUCUGGAGGCCGAGCUGCUGCUGGAGAGAGAAGCCAGCAAAGGGAACAUGUUGCUGAGACCUGGGAGGCAGAAGGGCUCCUUCGCCAUAACCACCAGACAGGAUCUUGAGGGAAAGAUGUUCUGUCACUAUCGCAUACUCCCAAAACCAGAGGGAGGCUUCUACAUCGCCGUGGACAAACCUGUCCACUUAAACUCGCUGCAUGACGUGGUCGCCUACAUGGUGGAAAAAACCGAUGGGUCUUUGACUCCCCUCAACAUCGAGGCUCAUUACGACAAAAACAUCUCUUUUAUUGCCACUGAUAAUGAAAGCGGUGAGAGGACCCAGCGGCCUUUGCUGCCACCAGAGCGUCCCAUUCCAGUUACUGGAAAAGCGAGGAAUGAUGAAACAGAACCAGUCGAAAAUCCGCCUGCUACUGAUAAGAAGGAGAAGAAAGCGUUUGUCAUAGAUGGCUGCUCCUCUGGUGAAACUCUACCGGUACCAGAACCGAGGAAACUACCGCCAUGUCCAGCUCCGCGAACGUCUGCCCCAACUCCACCGGCUGCCAAACCCGCUUCCCCUUCAAAUGCUCCUGAGAAGCCCAAGAUGGUCCCAAAUCCAGAAAUGGAGAAGCAGAUUCUUCCCGCAGCUUUGUCGGAGCUGAAACUGAAGCUGGGGCAGAAGAGCAAGGUGCAUGCUUAACUUCUACAGUCAUCCUGGUGGACAGAAACACAUUGGAGCAACGAGCAGAGCUGAAUGGAGGCACAUGCAGAUCUGCAGGUCCUCUUCCUCCUCAUCCUCCUCGGUUAGCUGUCUGCAGUAAAGCCUCUCUGCAGAUCAACACCAGAUUGAUUUGCCUCCUCUGGACAUUUAUUAGCAAAUCAAUGGACAGUGAAGAUGGCUGGACAAAUUAUCUACUCGUUUCUCUUGUUCAUUUUGCACUUUAGCUAUUGACUAAGCCGCCUCAGACUUUCCGUUAGUGUUUUUUCCUUCUUACUCUUGGAAUAAAAUGAGUAAAAGUAUGUAAAUACUGUGUGCGUACAAUACGCACACAGUAUUGUAUUAAUGCUUAAUACGAAAUCUGUGUGCAAAACACAAAAUGUGACGGAAAUAAGGGAUGAGAUUCACUUAUUUCAGUUUUUCUCUGUGAAUGUAAACCUCUUUGUCUCAUCAGCUUUGAUAUGACAAACUUCUAGUAUGUGCUAUGCAACAUAUAUAAUUUAUACAUAGUGAAUUAAUCACCUGUAUAGUUUGCAAUCCAUUUUCACGUUUAGAUUAUUUUUUUGUUAUAGCUUAAACUUUUCUGUUGUCUGAAAAGAAAAUGUCCAGACGAAUCGUUCUCACUCCUUUAUUACCUCAAUUACUGAUACACUAGAGUGGAAAAAUGAAACUAUUUACAAUAAAUUGUGACAUGUUGCCAGCAUGUGAAAUAAAGUGUAAUUACCUCUCAGCUGGAUGAGUCGUUCUGUAAAGCAAAGCAGGCUACAUUUACUCUGGACGAGAUGAACUAGAACACCAACAUGGACGUCGCAGUACAGAGUUGAAGGCGUGUCCGUCCCGUGGUUCUGAAUCACGUUUUGAUUUGUUGCCUCUGCGCGAAAAGCCUUAAAAUGAAGUCGCUCUCUUAUUUUAGGGGCUUAUUUUUAACACUGAAAAGUCAAAACUUUCCUUUUUAGUACAUUCAAAAAGGAAAGGUGAAUUAAUCUAAUCCUAAUUUCUCAGUUAUAUUUAAUGUCUGAUCCUAGAAAUUGAAUGUAAUCGAAGCAUUUCACAAUUUUUAGAUAUUAUUUAAUUUCUCUUUGCCACUCUUCAACACGUCUCUUAGGUAAACCGGAUGUAAACAGCUAAUCCAGCUAAUCCUUGUCUGUAUCUAAGAGCGAUUAAUCAUUUUAAAACAACUGGUACUGUAACUUGUAGUCACCAAGUUUCCACUGUAAGAAACUUUCUACAUAUCAACCAGAUGAGUUUUGUCCGAAAACCAUCACAAACAUGUGAGUAUAACAUUUCCUUUUGGUCAAAUGAGAAUAAGAUUGAGGUUUUUCAGAAACUGACACUCUGGUUUAUUUCAGGAAAAACAGAAAUAAUAUGUGGAACAGCAUCUUAUGGCUUUGUUUAGGCCUCUUUCGCUUGCAUUGAUUGCAUCAUGAAGUCUUUGAAACAUCAAGACAUUUUCCAGGAAAAACCAAGCGGCCGCAGCCAGAAAAGUUGACUCUCACUGGGACUUUGGCUGAUCUUUCAAACUCUGUGCCUCUCCUUUGUGCGAUAUGUUGGCAUCAAAAGCCUGAAUUAAACCGAGUUGAAGCCAAAGCACAAUCCAGAAGUCGUAGGAACCCAAAUAAUUGAGUUUCAGGCCUACAAAACAAUCUCCCUCUAUGUGUUCCAACAUUGUGAAACGUUGAAGACAUAUAAGUUUUGUCCUAUUGGGAAUGAAGGCUUAUAUUGUAGCAACAGCUUUUCAGCGUGAGUUUAUUACAAUCCUUUGAGAGGUGAAUUAUUUUAAAGGCUUUUCACACAGAUUGCCAAUAAGAGAGGAGAUACAGACUAUUAAAUACUGCUGAGCCACACACAGGACGGUCUCUCCACUACAAACAAAGCAGAGACAUCAGAUGGACGGACGUGUCGUGGCUUUAAUGUUAGCGUCGGAAAGUUUUAACAGGAAGCUCAAGACCUACAUUAAAUAACAUAUGACUAUCAUUUGUAACUGUAAAUACUGAUGAGUAGCGUCCCUUGGCAAGAAGUCAAACAUCUCGUCACAAUACAGUUAAAUAAUCCAGUUCAGUGCUGAGCUGCUUAAGUGUUGGACAUUGUUUAUGUCGGACUGGUUUACUGAUGAGUCAACAAAGUUAUGACCUCCUCAUACUGAAGCUGGCGCAGAGCAGGACGUUAAAACAAAACAAGCAGGUAUGUAGAGGGGGCUGAGGGGGGGGCUGCACAUGUUUGGUGUGGCCUGAGGAGGAAGGCACGGGGACGGAGCAUGACUCAUGAAGCUGCAGCCGACGGCACAGCUGACCGUUCAGGUGAAGCUGAGGAAGCAGCGGCCAGCGCUAAAAAUUGCCGCCCUAGCAACUGGAUGAAUAUGCAGCGAGACUGACUACUCAGACUUGGGCCUAAUGAGUCCAAAGCAUAGCGACCAGCCGGCAGAUUCUGUCACUCGGAUCGCCUGUUUGCUCCCCUAAAAAAUUGAAACAAAAUUUAAAAAAAAUCUAAUUUUGCCUCCAUGCAAGGCAGAAACGGCUGAGAUUAAGUGGUGUAGCUGUUCUGCUGUGUGCGUCUCCGCCUGCAGUCGGUGCAGAGGAUUCGAC